AUGGCCCCCGCUCACACCUGUCUGUAUAUCAAAUACUUACAGCAGAUAGAAGAGGUCUCAAGUACGGUACCGUCCGUCGAUAAUGUUGAAAAGGGAGGGCAUCUACCAGUUCCCGUCGCGAGUGACUACGAUGUUUACUACACACUCCCAGGUCCGCUAGGACUGGCUUGGGAACAGGACGUACUGCUACCGGUAGUACAACAAGCUGCUGCGGAGAAGGUCAAGUCUGAGUUUCUGUCUCCCCGGGAAAGAGUUCUGAUGAAAAGUUUCGUCAUCAUAUCGCAACGAUCUGGAAAGCGUGUGUGUGUGUUGGGAGCGUUCGAAGAUCACGCCGGCUAA